AUGGACUUCUCCGACUCAUUUCGCAUUGUUAACCUCGUCGUCGCGGUGGCGAUGAUCCUUGGAGGUAUCGCGCAGUUCUUUCCCAUCGGGUUUCAGUCAUCGAUUGUUGGUGUUUAUGUGAUCGUGUUUGGGUUGGCAACCGGUCUGCUCGAGUUCCAGAUUCCCCCCCAGGUCGGCCGCUACGCCUCGUUCCUGUUCUCUUUCAUCGGCCGUGGCAUCUUUUACAUCUUUGUCGGUUCCAUCCUGUUCCGCGAUCACUGGACCCGGAUCGCUCCCGGCUCCGUUGUUGCCCUGGUCGGCAUCGCAUACGUCGCCCUCGAGUUCAUCCCCUCCAUUGAGCCGCCCGCAAACAUGCGUGAGGCCGAUGCCGGCUGGGGUUCUGAGCAGGUUUAA